AUGCGCUACCAGCCGUUCUUUUCUGCCGUUCUUGUGAGCGGCCUCACGUCAGCCACUACAACUUCUCUCCCGUCUCUGUACGAUGCUCUCGUGGCAGCCGGUGCUUCCAACUUUGCCGCUCGCAUCCAGGCAAGUCCCAAUGCGUCAGAGCUGUAUAGCUCUGGUGCUAUCAAGACUGUGUUCGCUCCGUCCGACCAGGCCAUUGGCUCCUCGAGCUUGGCCCGGCGGGCUGACGUUAGUGAAGGAACGCUGGUGUACCAGAGCUGUCUGGUAGAAACGUAUCUACAGCAAAAGACCUUGGGCGCCCAGGGUGGUGAAGUGUUGGCCAUGGGAUACAAAUCGUCUGGUUUGGUAGACACGUCGCAAAAAAUAGUAGCAGAUACGCGACCUGUUAAUACCACCGUGUCCAAGCGGCAAGUCUUGGGAGUCCGAGGGCCGUACCGACGCUCUGCCAAUGCCACAUCGCUGCUGAGAAUUGAGUCUGGUCUGGGGACUGUGUCCAAUGUCAUUCGGGGAGACAUUGCCUUUGACGGCGGGCUUAUACAAGUCACCGAUAGGUACGAUUCCAUUGUUGAAAACAAGGAAUUCAAAAAAGAAUACAAUGCCGAGGAAGCUCACUCACAUUGUUUCAGCUAUUUCACUCUCCCCGAGUCGCUUUCGUCCACGGCUGCUCAGACGGGCCAAACAACAUUCAAUAGCCUUUCCAACAAGACCAAUAUCACAAGAAGUCUCGAGCAGACGCAGUCCAUCACUGUGUUUCUGCCCUCCAAUGAGGCCUUUGCCUUGGCUGGAAACAGAACUACGAGCACGUCCACUCUGAUCUCAAAUCAUGCUGUCAGCGGCUUUGUCGGCUACCUUCCAGACCUCACCGACGGGCUGGUUCUGACAACGAAGACUGGCGACACCCUGACCAUCAGUAUCCGCAACGGCAUAUGGUACAUUAACAACGGAGCAAUCACGCAGGCAAACCUCGUAUUGCAAAAUGGGGUGGCUCACGUCGUUGACCAGGUUCUCGUGCCGACCCCUGCCAAAGCUGUAACCUCAUUUGGACAUCCGUCCGUCAAUCUCGGGCUGUCUGCCCUCCUGUGUGUUCCUCUGAUUUUACUAAGCCUGCUGUUCUAG